AUUUGGAAAGUUUUCUUGUAUGUAAAUGUACAGUUUUUGUUGCGAUUCAUUAUAAUUUCACUAAAUUCUGUAAUGUUAGUAAAUUAUUAAAAAUUAAUUUGUCAAAGUUUAUGGCAAUAAGGGCUGUGAAUAUACAAAUCGUAAGCGUAUAUUUAAACUAAACAAAUAAGUAUCCCUAGUUUACUAUUACGACUUGGUAAAACUAGGAUAAUGUAUCUUGUUGCAACGUACGGCGCCAUGUUGUCAUUUAGUUGAUUCAACACGAAUCCUGUUAUGGGUGUACUUUUGUGGUGUUUAAUUAGUGCGUGAGCAUGUUGGAAGAUGUUCCUGUCCACGGGAGUCGGAGCGAUCUUAGGAGCCCCAAGAUCGCGACGCAUCAACGGAACCUCAGUCUGGAUUUCAGACAUGUGACGGGUUCGAGUGGGCCACCGGCGGGAUGUGGCCACCAAAGGAACAGGUCGCUGGACUCGGUCCUGCAGAGGAUACCGGAGGACAUGACGCCGACGUCUCCCGAGGGCGCGCCGCUGCGGCUGCCCGGCGACGUCUCGACGCCGCGGCUUGCCCUACCCCCCGGCGUGCCCGCCGGCUCCGACGACUCUGGCAUCCACACGCCGCCCGACGGCACCGACGAGGACCGGCCGCAGCCUCCCGCCGCCGCGCGCAGUCGCGAGAGCCUCGACUCUGGCAACCCCGAGGACACAGACAAACCGCCCGACCCCCCCGACACCAUACCGUCGAUCCCUAAUGAAAUGUCGGCGGCGGAGACCUCCAAAAACAAGGGAUUUCUUCUCAGACUAUUUGAAAGCAAAUUGUUCGAUAUGAGCAUGGCGAUAUCAUACCUAUUUAACUCCAAAGAAUCGGGCGUCCAGACCUAUCUGGCCAACAAGAUGUUCUCGUUUCCGUACGAGGACGUGGACUUCUACUUGCCGCAGCUGGCUACCAUGUACAUUGAGAUGAGCGACGUGGCGGACGUGCUGCGGCCGUACCUCGUGCACCGCUGCAAACAAAGCGCCGAGUUCUCGCUGCGGCUCGCGUGGUUGCUGACGGCCUUCGGAGGCGACUCGAAGAGGUCCAAGGCGGCCAAACUGCGGGACUCGAUCCUGGCGGAGGAGAUAAGGCCGGCAGCGCGGCGCGGCCACCACAGGUCGCAGUCGGAUGCCUCCGCGCUCAGAAUCACCACGCCGUCGGGCCGGCACCUGGGCGACCUGGCGUCCGGUCGUGCCUUCGACAACGGCUGCCUGUGUGGGGAACAGUGCUCCUGUGGCGCGCCUAGAUUAGCCCCGCAAACACAGUUUUUAACUGCACUGACGAAUAUCGGCCGGCUGCUUGCGGGCGUGGCGGAUAAGGAGCGUCGCAAUGGUCGUCUGCGAGCUGAGUUGGCCUCGCUUGACCUUAAUCUACCAGCUCGAGUGUGGCUGCCGCUGCAUCACCGACCGCACUAUGUUCUACGGAUACCGCCCCAUGCAGCUGCUGUGCUUAAUAGCAAGGAUAAGGCGCCAUACAUAAUGUAUGUGGAAGUGUUAGAGACUGAAGGGCAUGAACCAUUGCCGUCUCGUUUGCUCCCGCCCGCGCCGCCCGCACCUCACUCACCUCCCAUCCGACACACGAAGAGCGAGGAGAACUUAGUGCCCGAGUGGCCAGCGCUAGUGCCCUACACAGCACCUGAAGAUGAUGCUGGUGAUUGCUGGAGCCAUGAUGAUGAUGAUCUGGCGCACUACGCCGCUACUGCCCGACUGCCCGCACCAGAUACACUGUCGCAGAUGUCAUGUAUGUCAGCGGCGUCGCUACAGUCGGCGUCGUCGUGCGGGUCGCGUGAGUCGCUUGCAGUGGGUGCGGGCGAGGUGAGGCGACGGUUGGCUGAUGCCACCGCCGCCCCACCUCCCAAUGCCUUCAGACACGACCCUGCAGACCCAUCAGCUCUUGCUCUCAAGGAGUCAUGGGAGAGCAAACUAGCUCGUAUGCGUUCAUCAUCUCCGUACGGUUCGCUGUCUGGGUGGCGACUGCUCGGAUGUAUCGUGAAGGUGGGCGACGACCUGCGUCAGGAGCUGCUGGCUGCGCAGCUGCUGCGCAGACUGAGCGCCGCCUGGCGUGCUGAGCGCGUGCCGCUCAGACUGCGCCCCUAUGAGAUACUCUGUCUGGAUGCAGAGUGCGGUCUCAUACAGCCGGUGCUGAACACGGUGUCGUUGCACCAGAUAAAGAAGCAGUCGGGCAAGUCUCUACGCGCGUGGCUGGAGCUGGAGCAUGGACCUCCAAAUAGUGAGGGUUUCCUGCGAGCGCAGAAUAACUUCGUAGAGUCCGCCGCAGCGUAUGCACUCACUAGUUACCUCCUGCAACUCAAGGACAGGCACAAUGGUAACAUUCUAUUGGACAGCGAGGGACACAUCAUUCAUAUCGACUUUGGUUUUAUAUUUUCAACCUCACCGAAGAAUUUAGGAUUCGAAAGCUCACCAUUUAAGUUGACUCGCGAGUUCGUGGAAGUGAUGGAUGGAGAGGAUUCGGACAUGUUCUCGUACUUCAAGAUCCUGAUGCUGCGCGGGCUGGUGGCGGCGCGCAAACACUGCGACCAGCUCAUACAUCUCGUUGAGAUCAUGCGCAUGGGUGGUCAGUUAUCGUGUCUGCGCAGCAGCAGUGCUGUAUCAUCAUUCCGAGCUCGCUUUCAUCCCGGACGUACGGAGCCUCAGCUGCAGGCUCUCGUCGACCGCCUUGUGCGUGAUGCUCUGCGCUCGCUCUCCACACGCCUCUACGAUAACUACCAGUACUAUACCAACGGUAUACUAUAGCCACAUAACUUACAACAGUAUACUACAGCUACGACACAACUUACAACAGUAUACUACGGCCACGACACAACUUACAACAGUAUACUACGGCCACGACACAACUUACAACAGUAUACUACAGCUGCGACACAACUUACAACAGUAUACUACGGCUGCGACACAACUUACAACAGUAUACUACAGCUGCGACACAACUUACAAUAGGUAUACUAUAACCACGGCACUUACAACAGUAUAUAGUAGCGACAAACUUAUCGGACCUGGUGGGCAAAAGUGAAAUUAAAGUGGACGUCUUGUGUAAGUGAAAACUAACCGCACUGACAGCGCCAUCUCCAGGUCUAGAUAAGUUUGUGGAACGAAUGUAUAACGAGUCUAUGAUCAUUUUCGUAGACCAACUGCUGGAAUAUAUAAAAUUUUCUGUACAUCAAAACUAUUUGAAU